AUUUUUCUAGGUCUGCUGUCAGAUCAGGCUCCCAGAUAUAGUUUAUCCUAUGCUCUGUCUGUGCAGGGAUUUGCUGCGAAGGCAUCUGGGAUAUCUCUUGCUGAAUGUUGCGUGCGUCAAUUAAACUCGUUUACAAUAACCGAAUGUUUUGUCUAGGGGGAAGGCGGUGUUGAUUGUAUAUCGCUCUGCACGUCACCCGAGCUCAGCAAUAAAGAAACGAACAAUCGAGUGGCGUUCAUCAGUUAAGAUCAAGGUCAGUCGUGGGCAUCAACAAGAAUAACAAACAUAGAGAAAAAAAAUGAGGAAAGAAAGGCGAAACACAAGCAAAGCAGGUAAUCUGUUCGGUUUGUUCUUUGAGAUGGAUGGCUUGAAACGACGAAGAAACUCCAAGCAGACAAACGAGAUAUCGUCUGACGUAUUUGUCACAGUUGCUCCGGAAUUGGAAAAGAAAACGAAAAGCCACAGUCGUAGUCAACGAACGUUAAAAAUUGCCAUUAUGGGGAAGCCUGGGGUUGGCAAAUCCGCUUUGGCAGUACGUUAUCUGACAAAACGUUUUAUUGGUGAAUAUCAAAGCAGCGUUGAAUAUCAUGCUUCUACUGAGUUUGAAAUUGAAGAGGAGAAACUUGUUGUGGAAAUUUUUGACACUUGUGCAUCAGAAGAGAAGAUAAGCAAGCACAUUAAAUGGGCAGACGGUUUUAUUCUUGUAUUCUCGAUAACAGAUUACUGGAGCUUAUACGAGGUAGCUCGUCUCUCGUCCAUUAUAUCACAGACUAAAAAUGACAAGAAAACACCCAUAGUUGUUAUUUGCAAUAAAACGGACAUGGAAAAGCAGAGGAGAAUAUCUAGAACGGAAGCAAACCAAUUCUUGAAUGAUCUUGGCAAGCCAGUCUUCCAAGCAUCAGCUGCUAGUAGUUACGACAGCGUACGAACGGCAUUUGACGAAACGUCACGACUGGUGUACAAGUGGAAGUUUGCCGAUGGACGAAAGCGACAAAGAAGUCGUUCAGGCAGUAUUAUGGAUCCAUUGCGCGACGCUUUGACUCGACUUAGCAAGUCUCCAUCAUCUGAAGAAAUACCUUACGAAACACGUCCUCGCCACAGUUCUGUGGACUUAUCUCAAGUUUCACUUGUUGUUUCACCACUGGGUAGCAUAAAGGACGGGAGAUGUUUGUCUGAACAAAAACCUACUAAAGACAUGCAUAGGAACAAUAAUUUUUUACAAAUCCCUUCUUUCGAUCAAGUCAUUCAUUUUAAGAGAGAGCGUAGUCAUAGUUUUGCUUGAAAGUUCCCUACGUAUUCUCUCAGUAUGAUGAUUGAGGACGAGUAGAAAUGCAAGGAUGCAGUGUUUCCUCUGGGGCAGAUGUCGACAAAUCAGUCAGAAUUGAUGCUUAUUGCUUUGCGUUAUAACAUUGUAAAUAUUGUAAAUAAGUAAUAGAAAAAUAAAAAACGGUAUGUCGCUGAUGUAA